GGCCGCCCUGUGACGCAGGGGAUGGUGGGAGCCUGAUUGCCUUGGGCAGGCCUCAGGGACAGCCGGGGCAGCUGUCCCUGAGUGUGCCCCCUGCCAUCCCAACAACCUCCCACCCGCAGACCGUGGAGCAUGGGUUCCCCAACCAGCCCAGCGCCCUGGCCUUCGACCCCGAGCUGCGCAUCAUGGCCAUUGGCACCAGGUCUGGGGCUGUCAGGAUCUAUGGUGCUCCCGGUGUGGAGUUCACAGGUCUGCACCACGAUGCAGCCACCGUUGCCCAGAUGUACUUCCUGCCCGGCCAGGGCCGCCUCCUGACCCUGCUGGACGACAACAGCCUGCACCUCUGGGAGAUCGUCCCUCACAAUGGCUGUGCCCACCUGGAGGAAAUGCUCAGCUUCCAGCUGCCUAGCCGCCCUGUUUUUGAUGGCGCCAGCACCCCGCCCAGCCUCUCCCGGGUCACUGUGGUCCUGCUGGUGGCUGAUGGCAACAGGGCAGCACUGGGCACCGAGGGCGGCAGCGUCUUCUUCUUGAACAUGGACACAUUGACACUGCUCGAGGGGCAGACCCUUGCCCCUGAUGAGGUUCUGCGAAGCCUGCCCGAUGACUACCGAUGUGGGAAGGCGCUGGGCCCUGUGGAGUCUCUCCAGGGGCACCUGCAGGACCCCAGCAAGAUCCUCAUAGGCUAUAGCCGGGGCCUGCUGGUCAUCUGGAGCCAGACUGCACACUGUGUGGAGCGCGUCUUCCUGGGCAACCAGCAGUUGGAGAGCCUGUGCUGGGAGCGAAGCGGUAGCACCGUUGUCAGCUCCCACAGCGAUGGCAGCUACGCCAUCUGGCCUGCAGACUCGGGCAGCUCCCUGGUGCUGCAGCCCACGGCAGCCACCAUGCCCUAUGGCCCCUUCCCCUGCAAAGCCAUCAACAAGAUUCUAUGGCGAAGCUGUGAAUCAGGGGGUCAUUUUAUCAUCUUCAGUGGUGGCAUGCCCCGCGCCAGCUAUGGGGACCGCCACUGUGUGAGUGUGCUUCAGGCCGAGACCCUAGUGACCCUGGACUUUACCUCCCGUGUCAUUGACUUCUUCACAGUGCACAGCACGCGGCCGGAGGACGAAUUCGACGACCCCCAGGCCCUGGCUGUGCUGCUAGAAGAGGAGCUGGUGGUACUGGACCUGCAAACACCUGGCUGGCCGGCUGUGCCUGCCCCAUACCUCGCCCCCCUGCACUCAUCUGCCAUCACAUGCUCGGCCCAUGUUGCCAAUGUCCCUGCCAAGCUGUGGGCCCGCCUCGUGAGCUCGGGCGAGCAGCAGAGCCCGCAGCCCACCUCCAGCACCUCAAGCUGGCCCAUUACUGGGGGCCAGAACCUGGCUCAGGAGCCGUCACAGCGGGGGCUGCUGCUGACCGGCCACGAGGACGGCACUGUGCGCUUCUGGGACGCCUCGGGCGUGGCGCUGCGGCCCCUCUACAAGUUGAGCACGGCUGCCCUGUUCCAGACGGACUGCGAGCAUGCUGACAGCCUGGCCCAGGCUGCCGAGGACGAUUGGCCGCCCUUUCGCAAGGUGGGCUGCUUUGACCCCUACAGCGAUGACCCCCGGCUUGGUGUGCAGAAGGUGGCACUCUGCAAGUACACAGCCCGGAUGGUGGUGGCUGGCACUGCAGGCCAGGUGCUGGUGCUGGAACUGAGUGAUGUCCCGGCCGAGCAGGCAGUCAGCGUGGCAAGCAUGGAUCUCCUCCAGGACCGUGAGGGCUUCACGUGGAAAGGCCAUGACCAGCUGAGCCCCAGCACAGGGCCGCUGCCCUGGCCCGUUGGCUUCCAGCCCCAAGUGCUGGUGCAGUGCCUGCCACCUGCUGCCAUCACUGCUGUCACGCUCCACACCGAGUGGGGCCUCGUGGCCUUUGGCACCAGUCAUGGCUUUGGUCUCUUUGACUACCAGCGCAAGAGCCCUGUGCUGGCCAGGUGCACCCUUCACCCCAACGACUCUCUGGCCAUGGAGGGGCCGCUCUCACGGGUGAAGUCACUCAAGAAGUCGCUGCGUCAGUCUUUUCGGCGCAUUCGCAAGAGCCGGGUAUCUGGCAAAAAGCGGGCUUUAAACACCAGCAGCAAGUUGCAGGAGGCCAACGCGCAGCUGGCGGAGCAGGCCUGCCCCCACAACGUGGAGGUGACACCUGUGCAGCGCCGCAUCGAGCCCCGCUCGGCUGACGACUCCCUCUCGGGUGUGGUGCGCUGCCUCUACUUUGCUGACACAUUCCUUCGCGAUGCUGUCCACCACGGCCCCACCCUGUGGGCCGGCACCAACUCAGGCUCCGUGUUUGCCUACGCGAUGGAGGUGCCGGCAGCGGCGACAGGCAGUGAGAACCGGCCAGAGCGGGCGGUAGAGGCUGUGCUCGGUAAGGAGGUGCAGCUGAUGCACCGAGCACCUGUGGUGGCCAUCACCGUGCUGGACGGACGUGGCCGCCCGCUACCUGAGCCCUAUGAGGCCUCCCGGGACCUGGCACAGGCACCUGACAUGCAGGGUGGCCAUGCUGUGCUCAUAGCGUCUGAGGAACAGUUCAAGGUGUUCACACUGCCCAAGGUGAGCGCCAAGACCAAGUUCAAGCUGACAGCCCAUGAGGGCUGCCGCGUGCGUAAGGUGGCACUGGCCACGUUUGCCAGCGUGGCCUGCGAGGACUACGCUGAGACCUGCCUGGCCUGCCUCACCAACUUGGGUGAUGUCCACGUCUUCUCGGUGCCUGGCCUGCGGCCCCAGGUGCACUACUCCUGCAUCCGGAAGGAGGACAUCAGUGGCAUUGCCUCCUGUGUCUUCACGCGCCAUGGCCAGGGUUUCUACCUGAUUUCCCCAUCAGAGUUUGAACGCUUUUCCCUCAGUGCCCGGAACAUCACAGAACCACUGUGCUCUCUGGACAUUCGCUGGCCCCGUGACACUACCUGUGACAGGCUCCAAGAGUCGCCCAAGCUGAGCCAGGCCAAUGGGACCCCAGGCAUCAUCCUGGCCCCACGGAGCUGUGAUGGGAGCCCCAGUCCUGCCCGAAGCAAGGGAGCUGGGGACACUAUGGAGCCGUCCGAGGCCACGCUCUCGCCCAUCUCCAUGGAUUCAGCCACCAGUGCCGACACCACGCUGGACACUACAGGGGACGUUACAAUGGAGAAUGUGAAAGAUUUCUUGGGGUGAGGUGGGCAGGCAGGUCUGCCCAGGGCCUGUGGGGUCGGGGGAGGCGCUUGGACUCUAGGCUCCCCUUACCCCCACUGAUGUCCCGCUACACAUGGAAGACCAGGAGGGGCCAGACCCCAGGAUCUGAUCACCACCUGUCCCUCCCCAAGCUCUUCAGAGGAACCCCAGAAGAAUCUGAGGAAUGUGGCACAAGAUGAGGCCCACGCCUGCACCAUUCUGAUCAGAUGAGGUGCUGUGGGUACGGGGCCCUGGAAUCUGUCUCACUGCUCAACAGCCUCAGUAUCUAGGCCCCACAGGCCCUCCCUGCCCUGCCAUCCCAACUCUGGUCUUGCACUGAAACCCUGGCAGGGCCCUGUGAUUGCUGGCUUGCCUGGCAUCUGGCUGCCUUCUGUAGGGUUUCAGGGGGCAGCUGCAAAGGCCUGAGUGACUGUCGUAGUUAGGGCCGGCCCUGUAACCCAGAUACCAUGGAUCAUGUUUAGAACAAGGCCAGGUCACAACUAUUUAAAGGAGGUACCAGCGUGGGGCAUAGUGGCUGGGUUGGCCAGCCCACUGCACAUGAAGUCACCAAGCUGUGUCAGGUCAGGCCCUGCUGGUGAGGCCAGCAGGCUGAGUCCAUCUGAAAGCUGACAGGUCCCCACCGAGAUCUGUGGCCAGUCUUGGGCCUGCAGGUCUGCCCAACCCCAUU